ACGCGCGUAUGUCGAAAAUUGUAGCGCGUACGUAUAUCGGUGUGUAGAAAUUGCUAAAAAUUGUGUUACACACGUUAACAAUUGUGUAGAAUUUACAGUUUGCUUGUUGUAAUCGUUAUAAAAAAUUAUACAAAAAAUACAUGUAUAUAUGCAUACUUAUAUACAACUGCAAUAACAGCAACAACGUCGAAGUAAAUUAUUAAAAUUUAAACAACAAAUACAGAAGGAUACUGUAAACAAACACCAAUAUCGGAUACCCCAAUUACCACAACAACAGCAGCAUCAUAUUUUCCGCUGCUUUUUAUGGAUAUUUCUUUUUUAUUAACAAUAUUCCUUGCUUGACAAAGCGCCUGGACCAACAAACAAUUCACAUUGAGAACAAGCAGCCACGAGAGAGAAAGAGAGACAGUGACUACAAAUAUUAAAAAAAAAAUACUACAUAAGCACACUAAUUAAAGCUAUCAUCAACAUAUUAAAACACAAACGCGCUCCCAACAAAAUAGUAAAAAGAGAGUUUGGCCGAGAAAGAUAGUGAGAAGAAAAUAAAGGAGGCAUUAAAAUGUUAACAGUGUCCAGAUUGUACGCAUAAAAAAGUAAAGGACAUUUUCAGCUACAGCAGCUGUGGUGUUGACAACAAAUUGGCCGAGCAUGCAACGCACACAAAUAUUCGCAACAACAAGAGGAAUUAGAUUACCAACAACAUUAUUGACAUACGCUGUGCUUCACAACGGCCAGCAAAGGAGCUGCAGCAGUCAAGGCAGCAGCGGCAGCAGCAAGUAUCGAAGGAGCAGCAAUAAUAGCAGUAAAAGCAAAAACAACAACCGCAGCAGCCACAGCAGCAGCAGCAGCAGGCGGCUCUGAGAGGGCGUCUGGGGGGUGGGACGGACGCUUACGUGACGAGACGGCCCCAGGCGUGUGCGUGUUGGCGUUGGUGUGUGUGUGCGUGCGUGUGUAUGUGCGUCGGCCGUCUCAGUCAGCAGCAGUUUGGAUCAACACCCACAACAGCAGCAGCAGAAGCAGAAGCACCAACAUUAGAAGCAGCAGCAAUAGCAACUACAGUUGAUUACAACCAUAAGAAGCUAAAGCCACACCACAACAAAACGCAACAGCAGCAGUAACAGUAAAAGCAACAGCAACAAUGUCAUCCAACGAACCACCGCCACGGUAUGAGCCUCCAGUGGAGCCCAUAAAUGGCAUUGUACAGCCACCGGUUGUGCCGCCACAGGAUCGACCCGGACGCAAUACGAAUCAAUUGCAAUAUUUGAUAAAAACUGUCAUGAAGGUCAUCUGGAAGCAUCAUUUCUCUUGGCCCUUUCAACAGCCGGUCGAUGCAAAGAAAUUAAACCUGCCCGAUUAUCACAAGAUCAUCAAACAACCCAUGGAUAUGGGCACCAUCAAAAAGCGCUUGGAGAACAAUUACUAUUGGUCAGCCAAGGAGGCGAUACAUGAUUUCAAUACGAUGUUCACCAAUUGCUAUGUGUAUAACAAGCCCGGCGAGGAUGUGGUUGUGAUGGCCCAAACGCUUGAAAAGGUCUUUCUGCAAAAGAUCGAGUCCAUGCCCAAGGAGGAGCUCGAACUGGAGCCGGUAACAGCCAAAGGCGGCAAGAAGAAACAACGAGCGCCUGCUACCCCCAAGUCAGCGAACAGUAGCGUUGCCAAUAACGCCAGCACACCUGCAACAACACCUGCCUCAUCGGCAGCCAGUAUAGCUGCAGCAGCUGCUGCCGCUGCGGCGGCGGCAGCGGCGGGCGGAAAAUCAGCGCAGAGCACACCGUUGGCGAACAUGUCGGGGCUGCCGAACUCAGCUGUAGCGACGCCCACAACGGCCGGUCUAGGAUCAGCUGCGGCACGUCCCCUGUCAGCCAUGGGUGGAGCGGUUUCAUCGACAGCUGGAGGCGUUGCACCGUCCAUACCACCGAUUAGCACAAUGCCACCGCAUACGGUGCCCGGUAGCACAAAUACCACAACGACCGCCACUAAUCUAUCGGAGAAUGCAGCCGCCUUAAAUGCCGCCAUGGCCAGUCUGUUACAGCAGCCACAGGGCGGAGCGGCGAAUGCCUAUGGCAGCUCUGGACAGACCACUCUAAACAAUAGCUCCCUGCUCGAUGGCAAUGCAGCUGCUGUGGCUGCGGCUGCCGCGCAUGCGGCGGUUGUUGCCGCUGCCGCGCACCAACAGGCGGGAGCCGCAGGCGUUGGCGGUGCUGGCGCUGGCUCAUUAUCCACAUCGGCAGCGGCUGUCAAUGCCGCCAAUGCGGUGCAAGCGUAUGUCAAUAGUGCGGCGGGAGUGGGGGUGGUUGAUGCGGUGCUGCCCCCACAGCAGCCGGCGAAAAUGAAGAAGGGCGUCAAGCGAAAGGCGGACACGACCACGCCCACAGCGAACGCCUUUGAAUCGCCCUAUGCCCAGAUGGACUCCAAAGCGGCCAAAAUAGCGACGCGAAGGGAAUCAAAUCGUCAGGUAAUUGGCAAGAAGGAUCUUACAUUCCAGGGCUCCGGCUAUCCCAUGUCGCCACUGGGAGCCACUGGCGUGCCCGGAAUGGUGGCCAGUGGCCCCGGCAGCGUUGGUGUACCGAGUGGUAAGAACAAGGAGAAACUAUCGGACGCACUCAAGUCAUGCAACGAGAUACUCAAGGAGCUUUUCUCGAAAAAGCAUUCGGGCUAUGCCUGGCCUUUCUACAAGCCGGUGGAUGCGGAGCUGCUUGGGCUGCACGACUAUCACGACAUCAUCAAGAAGCCCAUGGAUCUGGGCACGGUCAAGCGUAAAAUGGACAAUCGAGAAUACAAAAGCGCACCGGAAUUUGCUGCCGAUGUGCGAUUAAUAUUCACCAACUGUUACAAAUACAAUCCGCCAGAUCAUGAUGUCGUUGCGAUGGGCCGUAAACUGCAGGAUGUGUUCGAGAUGCGCUACGCCAACAUACCCGAUGAGCCGGUGGGCAAUUCGUCGCACCACCAUCAUGGCUCGUAUAGCAACUCAAAGCAUGAUGCCAGCGAUUCAUCCAGCGACGAUUCCAGUGACACGGAAAUCGAAUCCAAUUCGGAUGAGGAGCGAAGCGCCAAGCUGAAGAUGCUCGAGUCGAAGCUGCUCGGACUGCAGGAGGAGAUACGGAAACUGGUCGAGGAGGCCACCGCCAAAAAGAAGGCCAAAAAGAAACUCAAGGAGAAGAAGAAGCACAUUGGCCACAGCGGCGCUAACAAUGCGAUCAUCAGCGGCAUUGGUGGCAGUGCGAACAACGCUGUGAAUGCCGCCGGUGGCGGUCAUCAUGGCCAUGGGGCAAACGCUGUCAGUGCAGCCCAUGCGGGCAUCGGUGGCAUGCCACCCAAUAUGGCGGCAAUGAACGCAGCGGGCGCAGCCAGUGCCAAUUUGUCGGCGCUGCUAACGAACAGUUUGGUGGGUGCCGGUGGUGCAGGACUCGCCGGUAUGGGCGGCGUUGGCGGCGGUGUUGGGGGAUUCCACGACAUGGCCGCGAUGGGAAUGCCCGGUGUUGGUAACGCCGCCGGUGCGGGCUAUCGAGGCGGACUUAAUGCGACGGGCGUGCCAGCGGGCGGUGGCAAAGCGGGAGCCGGCGCACUGGCCGGCGCUUUGGCUGCGGGCGCGGCUGCUGGCGCGGGCAGUGGUGCGGGCAGUGGCAGUGGUAAAGGUGCUAAAUCGAAAGGACAGCGCGGCGCUAAGGGCAGCUCUGGUGGGGGCGCAAGUGGUGCGGCGGGCAGUGCGGCUGCUGGUGCGGCGGGCGUUGGUGCGGGUGCAGCUGGUGGCGCCGGCGGCAACGCCACUGGCAGCGGCAGCAACAAGCGCACCAAGGGCAGCAGUAGUGGCAAUUCUGGUGCUGGCGCGGGCGGUGCUGCCAGUGGUGCUAGCAAUGCGCGCGGCAGCAGCAAAAAGAAGCCCAGCCAGGUGAUGAACUUUGAUUCCGAGGAGGAGGACACCGCCAAGCCCAUGUCCUAUGAUGAGAAGCGACAGCUUUCCUUGGAUAUUAACAAGUUGCCUGGUGACAAAUUGGGGCGAGUGGUGCACAUCAUACAGAAUCGGGAACCAUCGCUGCGCGACUCCAAUCCGGAUGAGAUUGAGAUCGAUUUCGAGACACUGAAGCCGUCGACGCUGCGCGAGCUUGAAAGCUAUGUGGCGUCGUGUUUGCGCAAAAAAACACGUAAGCCAUAUUAUAAAAAGCCUUCCGGUAAAUCAAAGGAUGAGCAAAUGGCAGAGAAGAAACAAGAGCUGGAAAAGCGUUUACAAGACGUCACCACCCAUUUGGGCGCCAGCAAGAAAACAGCCAAGAAAGAUGAUAGCACAUCGAGCAAAGUCGAGGCUGUGCAACCAACGAAUCCCGUAUCAUCAAGUUCCAGUUCCAGCGAUUCAUCGUCAUCGAGUUCGAGUGAUAGCAGUUCAAGUGACUCGAGCGACAGUGAAGCAGGCGAUGGUGAUGAUCGGCCACCACGCAAGAAAAAGUCACGUGAUUCGAAUGGAAGCAAUGUAAUAAACCCCAAUUCAAGUCUGAGCGCCAGCCUGCAAAUGGCUCUGGCCGCCGGCCUCCCACCGAGUAUUCCGAUGCAGAUUCCACUGGACGUAGUGGAUCCGGUGUUGCUGGCGCAGAUACAAAGCAACGCCGCCAACUUCGCCAAUCAGAAUCAUGGAUCUAUGCAUAAUAACAACAAUAAGACGUCAGCGGGUGGUGGUGGUGCUAGCGGCGCUUAUGGCUCCCAAGCUGCUGCUGCUGGUGGCGGCGGCGGCGGCGGUGGCGGCGGCAUGUUGCAUGCCUCGUCGCAUCAUAAGAAUGGCAUGGCGGCCAAUGAGCUGUAUGGUGGUGCUGCUGCUGGUGGAGGCAAGCCGGGUGUUGCUGGUGGCGGCGGUGCUUACAGUAGCUCAGCGACGGCUGCUGGCGGCGGUAUUGGUGGCAUUCGCAUUGCUAGUAAUCUGCACAAGCAGCCGGAGCUGGGUGAUCAACAUGCUGCUGCUAUUGCCGGCGCCGGCAAUAAUAACAACAAUAGCAGCAGCAGCAACAACAACAACAUGAUCAGCAACCCUCCUUCAUUAAUCGUGAGGGUGGGCCUGGAUGCCAUGGGUUUAGCCACUGGCCUUAAGCAAAUACCGCAAUUCGAUGAUCCCGUGGAGCAGUCGCUAGCUUCGCUGGAGUUUAACGCCAGCUCCACGGGCAAAUCAUCGCAUGCGGAUAACUUUUUAAUGGCCCACCAGGCACACUUAAUGCAGCAACCGGGCAACCAGCAACAACAAUCGCAGUCACAGUCAGCGCAGCAGCAGCAGCAGCAGCAGCAGCAACAACAGCAACAACAACAGCAGCAGCAGCAACAGCAGCAGCAACAACAGCAGCAGCAGUAUGGACUGCAACAGCAGCAGCAGCAACAAAUGGACUACAUGACAGAGCUGCUGUCGAAAGGAGCGGAAAAUGUCGCCGGCAUGAAUGGCAAUCAUCUGCUAAACAAUCCGCUAUUCUCACUGGACAUGGCCGUGGCUGCGGCCUAUCAGCAGAAGCAGCAACAGCAGCAGCCGCUGGGCACGCACGGGCAGCAGGCACAGCAGCAACAAGUGCACAACAAUGGCUACAACGUGCCAGACUUUAGCAACAUGCCGGGCUUCGAUAAUCCGUCAUCAUUCCUUGACAGUCUAAUGGGCAACAGCAGCGGCGGCGGCGGCGCCGGUGGCGGUGGCAGUAGCAGUAGCAGUAACAAGCUCAAGGACAACGAGCAGCAGCAACAACAACAACAACAACAGCUGCAGCAGCAGCAAUUGCAGCAGCAACAGCUGCAACAGCAAUUGCAACAGCAGCAGCAGCAGCAACAACAACAGCAACAUCAUCACCAACAACAACAACAGCAGCAGCAGCAGCAACAUCAUCAUCAACAGCAACAGCAGCAGCUUGCACAGCAGCAGGCUGGCAAUAAAAUGCUUAUUAUACCAAAGCCCAUCGAGUCCAUGAUGCCCAGUCCGCCCGACAACAAGCAGCUGCAGCAGCAACUGAUGCAGCAGCAGCAGCAGCAGCAACAACAUAAUCAAAAGGUGAUGCCACCGCAGCCAUCACCGUCGGAACUAAAAAUGCAUGAGCGCAAUGCUCACGGCUUCGCUCAGGUGUUCAAAAAUGCCGCCGAGCCAAAUCUGAAGAACGCCAGCUCGUGGUCAUCGCUGGCCUCGGCCAGCUCGCCGCAGAGCACCGCGACAACAUCGAGCAAGACCAAGCCGGCCAUGGACUCGUUCCAGCAAUUCCGCAACAAAGCCAAAGAACGCGAUCGUCUCAAGUUGCUGGAGGCCGCGGAGAAGGAGAAGAAGCAUCAGAAGGAAGCUGCCGAAAAGGAGCAGCAGCGAAAGCAUCACAAGUCCUCCUCCUCCAGCUCCAGCUCGUCCGGAAAUCGGCAUGCGGCCUCUGACUCGGCAUCUGGGGCAGCGCAGAGUGCCGUUGCCGCUGCGGUGGCAGCACUGAGUGCCGCCAAUGCCGCGGCCAGCCUUGCGAAUCCGAACAGCAAUGCUAGCAGCAACAGCGGCGGAAUCGGCGGUGGUGGUGGCAGCAACAGCAACAGCGGCUGCAGCACUAGCGGCAAUGCCUCGACACAAUCCACACAUGGCAGCAGCGCGGACAGAGAACGCGCCAGCAGCGCCCAAGAGGCAUCGCGCGCAAGCAGCGGAAGCGGCAGCAGCUGCGGGGCUGUUGCUGCCACCAGCAACAACUCGAACCACAGCAAUGGGCCCAGCAGUGUGGGCAGCGGUAGCGGCAGCGGCGGCGGCGGCAGCAUUUCCCUCGGCAGCAACGCCAGCGGCAGUGCCAGCGCCAGCGCCAAUGCAUGCCUCAAUCAAAGUAGCUUAAGCAAUAUCAAUAGCUCCGGCGUUGGUGGCCUUCUUACUAACGCUGUGAGCAGCAGCAAUAGUAACACUAACUUACUGGGGGCUGCCAGCGCAUCCGGCGCUAGCAAUCAAAGCAAUAGCGCCAACAGCGGCCACGUCGGCAGCAGCAGCGGCAGCGGCAGCGUCACUGCUAGCUCAACUCAUAACGCAGCCGGCAAUGGACAUCAGGCCAGCAAUGCGCAGUCCCAACACGCGGCAGCAGCAGCAGGCGGCGGAGCGGCAGCCCGCAGCCCAAUUAUCAGCAGCUGUCGCAGUGCUGGCAGCCUCCCCAUUGGGCCCCAUGGAAAGUGGGCGCAAAAGUGUGCACGAUGCACAGCCGCAAAUCUCUCGGGUUGAUGACAUUAAAGCAUCCCCGAGUCAAGGACAGAACUCACCAGCUCAACAAUCCCCACAGGAUCGGGCUGCGGCCAAACGUGCCGAUCU